GUCUGUGCACGCACACGUGAGAAAGCUGCACACACUGAAACGGUCGGAGCGGUGCACUGACUGCGAAUUCGUUACCUUGUGUAAGUUUGUGACGUGAUCAUUUGCAUAACGUUUAUCCUUGUAAGGUGGGUUAAAUGGGCAUGUGCAACGGGGAACACGGCCAACACAACCCUCCCAAUUGAGGCUACUAAGAUUCGCUAUGCAGGCAGCAAAAGUUUCAGACACUCCUGUGGAGUUUGUCGUUGAGUACCUGCUGAAGGCUAAAGAGAUCGCAGAGAAUAAUGCAAAUGUUCCCGCUGAGCUGCGUGAUAAUCUUCAGAAGGCCCUGGACAUCGCUUGUGGAUUGGAUGGUUACCUUGAACAAAUGAGCAGCCAGGAAAGUGAACCGUUGGCUGAGUUGUAUAGGAAAUCAAUUUCUCAUGACUGGAAUAAGGUACAUGAGGAUGGAAAAACCUUAUUCAGGCUUCCUGUUACAUGCAUCACUGGACAGGUAGAAGGUCAGGUAUUAAAGAUGCUGGUCCAUAUGAGCAAAGCGAAGAGGGUCUUAGAAAUAGGAAUGUUCACAGGAUAUGGGGCCUUGUCAAUGGCGGAGGCCUUACCAGAGAAUGGCCAACUUAUUGCCUGUGAGCUCGAGCCUUACCUGAAAGACUUCGCACAACCUAUAUUUGACAAGUCUCCCCAUGGUAAAAAGAUAACUGUGAGGACAGGACCUGCUAUGGAUACCCUGAAGGAAUUAGCUGCCACGGGAGAGCAGUUUGACAUGGUUUUCAUUGACGCAGACAAACAUAACUACAUCAACUAUUACAAGUUCCUCCUGGACCAUAACCUGCUGCGGAUAGAUGGUGUUAUAUGUGUAGACAACACAUUGUUUAAAGGGAGAGUUUAUCUCAAGGACUCAGCAGAUGAUUUCGGGAAAGCCUUGCAAGAUUUUAAUCAAUUUGUCACAAAUGAUCCUCGAGUAGAGCAGGUCAUUAUUCCUCUGAGAGAUGGCCUCACUAUAAUACGAAGAGUGCCCUACAUACCACAGCUGAAGAGCACAGUGACCUAUGAUGAGGUUUUCCGAGGAGUUCAAGGGAAGCAAGUGCUGGACAGGUUACGUUUGGAUGGAAAAGUGGCCUACGUGACCGGGGCCGGUCAGGGCAUCGGCAGGGCCUUCGCACAUGCUCUUGGAGAGGCUGGAGCCAAAGUCGCCAUCAUAGACAUGGACAAAGGAAAGGCAGAGAUUGUGGCCCAUGAACUGACUUUGAAAGGUACUUUCAUGUUCCUGUACUUCAGGCAGUGUUCACAUUUGUCUCUUCUCUCCCUCAAAUUACCACCUCAGGCGGCCGGUCAUGUCAUGCUGAAGCAAGGAUACGGCAAGAUAAUCAACACAGCUUCCAUGGCCAGUUUAAUAGUGCCGCAUCCGCAGAAGCAACUGUCCUAUAACACAUCCAAAGCUGGGGUGGUAAAGCUCACGCAAACCUUGGGCACAGAGUGGAUCGACCGAGGCGUUCAAGUCAAUUGCAUCUCCCCUGGUAUUGUUGACACCCCUCUCAUCCAUUCAGAGAGUCUGGAGCCUCUAGUUCAGCGCUGGCUGUCAGAUAUCCCAGCCGGACGACUGGCUCAAGUGACAGACCUCCAAGCUGCAGUGGUAUACUUGGCAUCUGAUGCCUCUGACUACAUGACAGGGCAUAACUUAGUCAUAGAGGGUGGUCAGAGUCUGUGGUAGAGAAAGUUUGCCUCUUGGAUUUUGUAAUACACUCUCACCCAGUGUUCCUUAAGGAUACUGAGUCACUAACUUGAUUUUAAUGAUGCAGUACAUCGGUGAAGGUAUGUACUGUACAUUUUAAGUAAUCAACAGGUCCACAAACUUUUUUAGUGUGUAGUGUCUCAAUUGUAAGCAACUCUACUUGUGCGUUAACUAAUGCAUUUUGUACGAGGUUUUUACAUGUAAACACUUUUACAAUAAACAUUAACUU